UUUUUUUCGUUUCUUUCCUUUUCUUUCUGUUGUUUUUUACUAUUAUUAUUAUUAUUAUUAUUCAGUCUAUUUGUUACCAUCUCUUCUUCUUUUUCUAUGACUAAAUCAAAACAUGGCUUCAGUGUCACUGAAUUGACUGCAAAUAAGGCGAAACACUUGACAAGAUCACCAAGCUUCAAAAAGCUUACUAAGGAAGACCUGGAUUACUUUUAUGCUAUUCUUCCUCGAGACAACAUACUAGUGGCCUAUAAUGAACUCGGAAACAAUGACGAACUUCUCAAACAUUCAACUGAUUGGUACAACUUAUUCCGUGGCUCUCCGUCUGCUGUACUCUUUCCAGAAACAACUGAACAAGUAUCUCAACUAUUAACAUACUGUAACAAACAACAUAUUGCAGUGGUACCUCAAAGUGGAAACACAAGUGCUAGUGGUGGAUCAGUGCCUGUAUUUGAUGAAAUUAUUAUUAGUUUGAAGAAAAUGAAUAAGAUUCAUUCCUUUGAUGAAUUAAAAGGUGACCUGAUAUGCGAUGCUGGUUGCGUGCUAGAAGAUGUGGAUGAAUACCUAUUAUCUUUUGGUUAUCAAUUCCCUUUGGAUCUACCUUCACGUCAUUUGUGUCAAAUAGGAGGCAAUAUAUCUACUAAUGCUGGAGGAAUACGACAAAUGCGAUUUGGAAAUCUUCAUGGUAAUGUGACUGGAUUGGAAGUAGUUACAGGUGAAGGUACUAUCAUCAACACUUUGACGACAUUACGUAAAGAUAAUACUGGAUAUCAUUUGAAGAAUUUGUUUAUUGGAUCUGAAGGAACACUGGCUAUUGUUACCAAGAUAGCUAUUACAACAGCUAGAUUACGACAAGGAAUCAACGUUUUUGUUUUUGGUUUCGCUACAUUUGAACAGGUGGUACAAGCAUUCUCCAAGGCAAAAAAAUGUCUUCCAGAGACAAUAUCAGCAUUUGAAGUAUUGGAUCGAGAAUCGAUUGAAUGUGUCGCUCAACUGGGUUAUCAACAACCUUCCAAUGCAGUAUUCCCUAUCUCUACACAGCACAAUCUAUAUGUUAUAAUGGAAACAGCGGGUACUGAUCCUGAAUAUGAAAACAAGAAAGCUAUCAAAUUUACUGAAGAUUUAUUGAAGGAAGGGAUUGCCUUAAAUGGUAUUGUAGCAAAAGAUGAAGCAGAGGCAACAAGUUUCUGGUCUUGGCGAACCAUGCUACCACGAGCGAUAGUGCAACAAGGACCAUCUUCUAUUCAUUUUGACAUCUCGUUACCACUUCCUUUAUUAUAUCAAUUGGUGACGGAUACAAGGGCAUGGGCAAGGGAAAAUGACAUGAUUGGCAAGGAUAUUCAUGCUAUUUUUGGUUAUGGACAUGUGGGUGAUGGAAAUAUGCAUUUGAGCAUACCAGCAUUACGUGUUGAUGAAGAACUACGCAAGACAGUGGAUGAUUUUGUAUAUGGUUGGACAAGUCAAUACAAUGGAAGUAUCUCAGCUGAACAUGGCAUUGGAUUGAUGAAACGAAGUUACUUAUCUUAUACGAAAUCAAGAAGUUCUAUAUCAAGUAUGCGACAAAUCAAGGAUGUAUUUGAUCCAAAUGGUAUUCUCAAUCCAUAUAAACUAUUACCAACAGAAAAGGAAGAAAAUGAUGGUGCAAUUAUUCGAAAGAGAGCUGAUGUUGGCUGUUGAAUAUUCAUAGUUA